AUGACGACAGGGCUGUCAACGAUGAAUGGUAGCUCAGGCGGUGCUGACAGUGGAAGAAACGCCGGAGGCGGCGGUGGCCGCGAUAAUGGUCGUGAGUGGGAGAUGAGACCAGGAGGAAUGCUGGUUCAGAAGCGAGGCCCAGAUUCAGAUCACAACCGUGUCCCACCACCACCCACCAUUAGAGUCCGAGUCAAAUACGGGUCGACUUACCACGAAAUCAACAUUAGCUCUCAAGCCACCUUUGGGCUGUCAACGAUAAAUGGUAGCUCAGGCGGUGCUGACAGUGGAAGAAACGCCGGAGGCGGCGGCGGCCGCGAUAAUGGUCGUGAGUGGGAGAUGAGACCAGGAGGAAUGCUGGUAUCGGCUCUUGAAACGGUCAUCUCUAGAGGUGGAAAAGUUGCAGAGAACGAAAUGCUGAAGCUGACUGAGUUGUUGAUGAAUCAAUUGGUUAAAUUGGAUGGCAUUUAUACCGAUGGAGAUGUAAAAUUGCAAAGGAAAAUGCAGGUGAAAAGAGUGCAAAAGUAUGUUGAAACGCUUGAUAUGUUGAAGAUCAAAAACUCCACACCAAGCAGCAAUGGAAACCACAUUCCAAUGCAACAGCAGCAGAAGCCAUCAGCAAUUCAGCAGCAGCAACAACAACAACAAAAGCAUUCAAAUGGGCAUACCCCAUCACCAAUUCAUCAGCAGCAAGCGAGGCACUCAUUCGGGAUUUUGCCAACAACACCACAGCAGCAUCAGCAGGUGCCACAAAGGCACUCAACAUCGGGGCCGGUAGUAAUAACCACGCAAUGGGAAACUUUUGAUUCUGCGCCAGCCCCAUUGCCGGCGCAGCCUUCAACUUCCACAACUGCAUCAAGUACCAAUUCAAUACAUCCUAAAUUCAAUUGGGAUUUGCUUUGA